AUGGUCUCUUUGAUACUGCUUUCACACGGAGACAAGACGCUACCGGGCAUCGAGAUCAGCCACAAUGGGAAGCUAAGCCUACGAGGGCCGCUAGAGCACGUGAACUUGGUCAACUCGGACAAGAUCCCGUGGUUUCUUGUUUCUCUGGGUCCGUAUCCUGUUUACUCCACCAACGACGAAACCGCUGCAUACUUUAAGAACCUCGCGUUGGACAGCAUAGAACGGCCCUACAUUGGGCUUCUUUCGAAAUCCACCGACGGAGUAUACGUGGUCUUCUUCAUCCACGAAAACAGCGUUCGGUGCUUCUGCAUAGACUUUUCUGCUUUGGAUAGACUUGCCCUGGCGGCACAGGCGUUUGAGGCUUCAAGUGAAGACGACAUUUUCUACCUGGCGCUUCCGACGCGUUCAGAUACUACAAUUUUUGAUAGAGUGCUAGAAAACAAGUCGUCCAAAAGAAACCAGUAUGUUGCUCCACGCAAUCCUAGUGCCACCCCGCUUUCAGUGGCCCCACUUAGUGGCGAUCAGAUUUCUGCUGCUGUGAACAAGAUCACGCUUUCCGGCCUACGGCUUCGUGGUUUGAACCCGCUGGGUUCGAAAGACAGAAUCGCCGUGAGGGAGUUGUACCAGAUGACAAGAAAACUGGCGAUUUUUGCGCUAAGAAAGUAUAAUUAUGGAUUCAAUGGAGCUGUGAACCAGGAGGUGAGGUUGAGUGAUGUUCAGGAUGUUGUGGAACGGUUGCUCCAGGCCUAUGCCGAUGUGGAGUGA